AUGUUCAUUUGGGCGGAGAGGAACUUCAAGGCCACUUGGAACAUGAUUGCCUUCCGAGCCUUCUUGAACUUCAGCAUGUUGCAAGCUUGGUUCCCCAAGGAAGCCGAAAUCUGGAAUCAGCCAACCUGGUUCUUGUCGGCCCUGACAUUCUCCAAUCUCACCAUGCCCACCUUGGUGUUGCCUUCGGUUGCAAACCUCACGAAGAACGGUCUGCAAAAGCUUUUGGCAGCUUUGUGGGGAGUCUCUCUCUUGCAAAAGGUCUCCUAUUCUGAGACUGCUCGCUUCCACAGCCACCAUGAGCACCCUGUUGAUGGCAAAGUGAUGAUGCCUUUGAUUUGGAAUUUGACUCGCUUCCAUCCGAUUUGGGCUCUUUUCGAGAUGACCACCGGCAUCAUUGCGGCUCGCCACGUGAUGCUGGACACUGAAGAAGAGAAGAAGAGAAAGCCAAUGAAUCCAAUCUGGCUUUUCUUGGCCGCAUACUCUUCGCUGGCACUCCGACUGACCAAGUUUGACUUCAACGAUGCGAUCAUCCGAGGAGUCCUUUUCGUUCCUCUUUUCACGGAGUUCUUGACCGCCAUGCACAGGGAUGCUCUGACUCCAAACCCAUCGGCGAUCACCAAGUUCUUCGGUUGCAAGAUCAUGGCAACCUUGGGCUCCCUCGCCUUCCCGAUGUUUAUCGUGCACGGGCCUGUUGGCCAGGUGUUCUACAAGAAGGUAAUCGCGAAAAAGCUUUGGGGGAAGCCUAUGCCGCACAGUUUCUUCCCUUUCUACUUGGCAAUUUGCUUGGCCAUCAGCCAUUUCACCAACGAGUACUUUGUGAAGAACAAGAAGGUGGGUGCCUUCUUCGGCAAGGUUGCUCAGUUCUUGGCAAAUUGGACUGAGGGCAUGCUGAGGGAUCGCUAA